CUCUUUUGUUUGUUUAUUAUCUCAGACAAAUUCACAAAUAGUAGUAUUGAGAAAGAAUGUCAAUUUUCCGGUGUCUGCUGCAUCCUUUACCUCUUCCUACUCCGCUCUUUUUUCCUCGCCAAAAAGCCUUGAACUUGUCAUUUCCCUGCCUCUGGAUAAGUCCAAAACAAUCUCACGCAUUCUCACUUGAACGUAGAACACUAUCAACAUCUUCUUCAACCAAUGUUUCCACUGAUUUUGCCCCCAAUCUUACUGAGUUAGAUGAUGUUUUGAAGGGCUAUAUGUUUGGCCAGAAAAAGGCAACUGAAGUUGCUCAUUUGAUAUGGAAACUUGUGGUUCAAAAGGGUGAUACAGUUGUUGAUGCUACUUGCGGUAACGGCAAUGAUACCCUGGCAUUGGCCAAGUUGGUGGUAGAUGAUGUAGCUAAAGGGUGCGUAUAUGGGAUGGAUAUUCAGGACGAUGCUAUACAAAAUACUUCAUCCUUACUUGACCAAUCACUUGAUCGAAACCAGAGAAAAUAUGUGAAGCUAUUUUCAAUAUGUCACAGUAGAAUGGUGGAAGUGCUUCCUAAGAAUAUCUCUGUGAGGCUUGUUGCAUUCAAUUUGGGCUACCUUCCUGGAGGUGACAAGGGAUUAAUCACAAAUUCAGCCACAACCUUGCUAGCACUCAAGGCAGCAAAGGAAUUAUUACUUCCUGGAGGAAUCAUUAGUGUCGUUGCUUAUGUUGGACACCCUGGUGGAAGGGAAGAAUAUGAAAUUGUCCGCUCGUUUGCAGCUGAGUUACCAGCAGAUAAAUGGGUCUGCAGCCACAUUCAGAUGUUAAACAAACCACUUGCACCGGUUCUUGUGUUUUUGUUCAAGAGAUGAAACCAUAACCGGUACUUAAGACUUUGAAUGCUUUCAUCAUUUGAUAGAACUCUUCUACUCAUUUAGCUAUGACCAAUACUUUUUCUCUGUUUCAAAAAAAAAAAAAAAAAAAUGUUGCAAGUAAGCCGAUUGGGUAGUUAUAUGAUAUCAACAAAUUAUGUUGUCA